AUGGCUAGGUCAGCGAAUUUUGUCAAUAGCGAAAAGCAGCUCCUUGUCCAGAUAAUUAGCGAACAUCCCCAAGUGGAGUCAAAAAGAACGGACGAGGUGUCAGUUGUGCAAAAGAAUUUGGCUUGGAAGCAAAUCGAAGCCAAAUUCAAUGCAACUGGCACCUUGUGUCGCCGAACUGAAAAAAAUCUGAAGGAUGCGUGGAAAAACAUCAAAAACAAAGCAAAGCAAGACAAUGCCCAACGCAAACGCCAUUUGAGGCAGACAGGAGGUGGGCCUGGUGUACCCACCGAUGAACUCAGCGAGAAAGUUGAGGCUCUCAUUCCUAGACAAAUAAAUUGCCUUGCGAACAACUUCGAUGAUGACAAUCAAAUUGAAAGCUCGCUCGAAGAACAAACAUACACACUUGUUUCAGUAGCUGAGGAAUCUUCAUCUUUCUCAGAUGGUAACGAAUCAGCAGUUUUGCAGACAUUGAGUACAGGUACUCCUCAUAGAGCGUUGAUUCCUUCACGAAACAUAGUAUGGAUAAGUAGAAAAAUACAGUUGAUGCACAAAGAUCAGGAAGACCAAGGAGUGGACGCUCCGAGGAAAACAUUCUGAGCCGAAUUUAUUUCUAAAUUCUUCGCUGAAGAGGUGCUGAGUUUGCCUAACUGAUUUAUAUGCCAAACAGCAGGUUUGCACCUCAAUCCUUCGGUUAAUCUACCGUAUUUGUCAUUCUG